GUCUAUUCCUGUCCAUUCCUGUCCCUGAGCGCUCCGGAGACACUCAGUUGCUCUUGUCCACCUCCGUCCCUGUCACAGCCCGUGUCCCUGCCUGAUACCUCGACAUACUUUUCAUCCUUUCUGCUGAAAGCACACUGAGGGAAACAUGGAGGCCAUUAAAAAGAAGAUGCAGAUGCUGAAGCUGGAUAAGGAGAACGCCAUAGACCGAGCAGAGCAGGCUGAGGUGGACAAGAAGGGAGCAGAGGACAAAUGCAAACUGCUGGAGGAGGAGCUGCUGGGCCUGCAGAAGAAGCUUAAAGGAGUGGAAGAUGAGCUGGACAAAUACUCAGAGUCCCUGAAGGAUGCCCAGGAGAAGCUGGAGCAGGCGGAGAAGAAGGCCACAGAUGCUGAAGCUGAGGUGGCAUCUCUGAACAGGCGCAUCCAGCUGGUGGAGGAGGAGUUGGACCGGGCUCAGGAGAGGCUAGCCACCGCUCUGCAGAAGCUGGAGGAAGCUGAGAAAGCUGCAGAUGAAAGCGAAAGAGGAAUGAAGGUCAUAGAGAACAGAGCAACCAAAGAUGAGGAGAAAAUGGAGAUCCAGGAGAUGCAGCUGAAGGAGGCAAAACAUAUCGCUGAGGAGGCCGACCGCAAAUAUGAGGAGGUUGCUCGUAAACUGGUGAUUCUGGAGGGCGAUCUGGAGCGCUCAGAGGAGCGAGCUGAGGUGGCCGAGGCGCGGGUGAUGGAGCUGGAGGAGGAGCUCAGACUAAUGGACCAGAAUUUGAAGUCAAUGAUGUGUGGAGAGGAAGAGUACUCACAAAAGGAGGACAAGUUUGAAGAAGAAAUUAAAGUUCUUACUGAAAAACUGAAGGAGGCUGAAACCCGUGCAGAGUUUGCAGAGAGGUCUGUGGCCAAGCUGGAGAAGACCAUCGAUGAUCUGGAAGAGAAACUGGCUCAGGCCAAAGAAGAAAACCUGGACAUGCACCAGGUUCUGGACCAAACCCUGCUGGAGCUCAACAACCUGUAGACGCCCCUGCUCAGCUGGGACAAGAUGGAGUAAAAACCAGCCUGAAUCCUUCCAGAUUCAUGGAAUCACCUGAUUUUUAUAAAAAUGUAAAACUAUAGAGCUCCUGAAAGGAGGCAAGACCUGGUGCUGUUUAGAUCAGAAGCUGCUGGAUCAAAUCCAGACUGUACAUCAUACGUCAGACACAUACCACAUAUUAGCCAUUAAACACAGAAACUUUAUCAGACACACAUAAUUUCUAGGGCUGUAGACACUUGCAAAUUAUGUAUUUUUAACUUUUAGCUUUCAGGAUUUUUGUUUAUAGGAUCAAAGUUUUACUCUGUAAAAAACUUCCUGUUAACGGCUGAAAAUAAAAAGCACGAGACUGAACUCUGA